CCCAAUUCGGUGAGCCACCACCAAAGGUAAGUUUGAUUAGCUGUAAUGGUAUUACAGCCUGAAUCCAUUCCAGCUCUAUUUAAGGAAAAGGUUGAAUAGCCAUUCCCAUCCUUCACCUGUGAAUAGCCAUUCCAGUCCACGGGAGUAAUUUUUUUUCCCUACUUUCAACUUUUGCCCUCACCUUUACCCAGAGAGAAUGAAGAAGCUGUAACGGAACCAUCAUCUUCUCCUUCAGUCUGCCAAUCCAAAAGCUAUUUCUGCAAAGCAAAGUCAAGGCUUCGAUUAUUCACUUUCAUCAUACGCUACGCGCCCUUCAAGUUUUCUUAAUCUUCGCAUCUUUCGCCAGCUCCACCGUCUCAGAUCUCCGGCCCAACUGUUUCGCUCACUCUCUUAUUUUGCAAUGGUGAGACCUAAGAAGCAAUCGACACUUUCAUCAUCAUCACUGGGGCACCCGAAGCUGUUUCUAUUUCCAUGCUAGAGGAGCAUGCUGGCAAUCUCAAUACAGCUGUAACUGCAUAUUUCAGCGAGGGUGAUAGGCCAACAUCAACCAUAGUUCCUGUAGAUGAUGCCAUGGAUAUAGAUGAUCCAAAUGAAGUUGUACCAAAUAGGCCAGUCUUUCCAUUUCUACCAUUAUCUAGAACAAACGAGCAAUCGUCUCUUCAUGAUCGAAACUUCCAUAGCAGUUUCUUCAAUGGUGAUUCUGGUUCAACUCAUGAACCAAUGGUUACACAUCCAACAGAGGUGAGAUAGGUUAAGAAUAGCCAUGAGCCAUCUAGUCAUGCUCCUGUUGUUGAGGAUGCCUCUGAAACUGCACAAGCUCUCGGCCCGAAUUCCCAUGAGACUGUUACAAUUGAUGAAGUAGGUGACGAUUCAAUUGUGCAGCCAAGGUGGCAGAAUGAUAACUCUAACAACCAGCAUGUUACACCCAGCACUCCUGCCUUUGAUAAUUUGCCAGACUAUGGCAAUGACAUUAAAGAACAAAUGAUUCAAGCUGCCAUUGAGGCCUCUAAGCGGGAUGCUGAGGCAAGUUUUACAAAAAGGACGCUUCAAGUUUGAUAGUGUUGUGGUGCCCUUCAUUCUUGUAGUUGCUGUAAAUGCUUGUUUUACAGAUUGCCUUUAUCAUGUUUGAAGUGUUAAAGUGUUGCAUAUUGAAGUAUUUAUAUGCUGUGAAUUGAAGUGUUAAAGUGCUGCAAAUUGAAGUGUUUAAAUGUUAUAAAUGGAAGUGUUUUAAAUACUGCAAA